AUGCAAAAUCAAACAAUGUCCAUUUCAUUACUGUCAUCCCCAGGUUAUAAUAUUAACAAAAGAGAAUCAAAAUUUGUAUCUGAUAAUGAUAAAUCAUCAACAUUUCAAAGAAAACCUUUAACCAAUAUUCAACUAAAUACUAUGAAAUUAAAUAGCUCAAGUAUAUCAACAACAACAUCUGCAGCAGAAUUCAAAGUAUCUAAACCUAAAAUUAUCAGAACUAAAUCCAUACCAAAUGCAUUUACUACACCUACUCCCAAGAAUAAUAACCUUCAUAUACAUCAUACUACUACCACCACCUCUACUACUACUACUGCUACUUUAGUUACACCCACUAAGAAAUCAUCAACUGAAUCAACAACUUUACUAUCAUCAUCUCCAUUCAUUGAAUCUCCAGACAAAACUAAUACUGUCGAACAAUCAUCAACACUAGAUAAACAACAUCAAUCAAAACAACAAGAACAUCACUCAGAACAACAAGAACAAUUAUCGUUGGAUGAUUUUGAAUUUGGGAAAGUUUUGGGUAAGGGAAAACUUGGAAGAGUUUAUUGUGUUAAACAUAAGAAACUGGGAUUAAUAUUUGCCCUUAAAGUAAUGUCAAAAGAAGAUUUAACAUCAUUAAAAUUAGAGAAAAAUUUUAAAAGAGAAGUUGAAAUUCAAUCAGAAUUAUAUCAUAAAAAUAUAACUAGAUUAUAUUCAUGGUUUCAUGAUUCAAAAAAUAUUUAUUUAAUUCUUGAAUUUAGUUUAGAAGGUGAAUUAUAUAAUACUUUAAAAAAAUUUAAAAGAUUUGAUAAUUCAAUUACAAGUUAUUAUAUUUUUCAAAUAACUCAAGCUUUAAUUUAUUUACAUCUGAAAAAUAUAAUUCAUAGAGAUUUAAAACCUGAAAAUAUAAUGUUAUCAUUAGAUAAUUGUUUAAAAUUAAGUGAUUUUGGUUGGUCAGCAUAUGCUAAAAAUAAAAGAAGAUUAACUCUUUGUGGUACUUUAGAUUAUUUAGCUCCUGAAAUGAUUGAAAGUAAAGAUCAUGAUUUUGGUGUUGAUAUUUGGGCUUUAGGUAUUUUAUGUUUUGAAUUAUUAGUUGGUAAACCUCCUUUUGAAGCAAUUAAUAGAGAUAUAACUUAUGAAAAAAUCGUUCGUGUUGAUAUUAAAUAUCCAAGUUAUUUAGAUCCUGAUGCUGUUGAUCUAAUUUCAAAAUUAUUAGUUAAAGAUCCGGCUAAAAGAAUCACUUUAAAAGAUGUAUUACAUCAUAAAUGGAUCUUGAAGAAUAAACCUAAAUGGGGUAGACAUCAUCAUAGUUAUAAAUAA